GCGAGAGCUCCCUAUUGGCUGCUGAGUCCAGGUUAAAGGCAGUCUGCGCGGGAACCUUACCGCGGGAAUACAGGCCAGCUGACCCGGUGAUUGCUUCUCUGUUCGCUCCGGACUCAGGAUGAGCUGCAUUAACCUGCCCACCGUGCUGCCCGGCUCACCCAGCAAGAUCCGGGGACAGAUCCAGGUGAUCUUGGGGCCCAUGUUCUCCGGGAAAAGCACAGAGCUCAUGAGGAGAGUCCGGCGAUUCCAGAUUGCUCAGUACAAGUGCCUUGUGAUCAAGUAUGCCAAAGACACUCGAUAUGGCAAAAGUUUCUCCACACAUGACCGGAACACUAUGGAAGCACUUCCAGCCUACUUGCUUCGGGAUGUGGCCCAGGAUGCCCUGGCUGUGACUGUCAUUGGCAUUGAUGAGGGACAGUUUUUUCCGGAUAUUGUGGAAUUCAGUGAGAACAUGGCAAAUGCUGGGAAAACUGUGAUUGUAGCUGCACUGGAUGGGACCUUUCAGAGGAAGCCAUUUGGGAAUAUCCUGAACUUGGUACCACUGGCCGAAAGUGUGGUGAAACUAACAGCAGUGUGCAUGGAGUGCUUCCGGGAAGCUGCUUAUACCAAGAGACUGGGGGUGGAGAAAGAGGUUGAAGUGAUUGGUGGUGCUGAUAAAUAUCACUCUGUGUGCCGCCUCUGCUAUUUCAAGAAGUUCUCAGGACAAUCUGCUGUGCUGGAGAACAAAGAGAACUGCCCCCUGAGUGGGAAGUCAGGGGACACCUCAAGCUGUCGCAAACUCUUUGCUGCUCAACAGAUUCUACAAUGCAGUUCAAACAACUGAGGCAGUAGGGUUGUUCCUGGAACUGACCUUGGCCUGGGAAGAUAAAUUCCAGCACUCUGGCCGUGUGGGGGGGGGGGGAGAAGUCACCUGGACCUGCUUCUUGCUUUCUAGCCACCCCACAUCCAUAGCUGUUGCUUAUAUCCAUAUCCUGGUUUUAUCUUCCCCAGAAGAUGAGACCUUAGGAAGGGGGGAAUAAGAAAGAAGCAGUGCUUUAUAACUUGGAACAAACCUUUUGAACCCAAGACUAUACAACUUAAUUCUACACUUCCCCUACUUGCCAUCCUACCCACCCUGCCCCCACUUCUGCUUGGUCUAUAAACAUUGCCAGUAAAACCCCUCACCUUC